AUGGCUACAGGUGGUGACAGUUCUGGCAUCACUGUCUAUAUUUCCCACGCCUCCCUAAAUAAAUCCCAAGAUACCAGGUCAGGACCAGAGGACCCAGGUCAGGACCAGAGGACUCAGGUCAGGACCAGAGGACUCAGGUCAGGACCAGAGGACCCAGGUCAGGACCAGAGGACUCAGGUCAGGACCAGAGGACUCAGGUCAGGACCAGAGGACCCAGGUCAGGACCAGAGGACUCAGGUCAGGACCAGAGGACCCAGGUCAGGACCAGAGGACUCAGGUCAGGACCAGAGGACCCAGGUCAGGACCAGAGGACUCAGGUCAGGACCAGAGGACUCAGGUCAGGACCAGAGGACCCAGGUCAGGACCAGAGGACCCAGGUCAGGACCAGAGGACUCAGGUCAGGACCAGAGGACCCAGGUCAGGACCAGAGGACUCAGGUCAGGACCAGAGGACCCAGGUCAGGACCAGAGGACCCAGGUCAGGACCAGAGGACUCAGGUCAGGACCAGAGGACCCAGGUCAGGACCAGAGGACUCAGGCUUUAACUCAAGGGACCCAGGUGGUGACCAGAAGACCCAGGUAA